AGCUUUUCUUUUGAGCAUUAAUUCAAUUACAUACAUUGAUUGAAAAAGAUGGAAACAUUAGAACAAACUCAAUCCUCUUCAUCUUCAUCUUCUUCAAUAGAUAGUAACAAAUAUAGCAACUGCUGCAGAAACAGAACUGAUUUAAGCACUGAUCUCAAACUUGGUCUUAGCAUCUCUCCUUCUUCUCCAUCUCAAUUACCAUUCAAUUCAACAACACCAAGAGAGGAAACAUUUGCUUGGCCACCAGUUAAUAAGUCAGUAUUGAGAAGAAACAUCAUUGUUGAGAAACAAAAUCAUAUUCAUCAUCAAAGAUCUUUAUUUGUCAAAGUUUAUAUGGAAGGAAUUCCAAUUGGUCGAAAAUUAAAUCUGCUUGAACAUCAUAACUAUGAUGGACUUGUUCAAGCUCUUUGUCAUAUGUUUAAGACAAUUAUUCUCUCUCCUAAUUCUCAACCACUUAAUUCUUGGAAUUUUCAUGUUCUAACUUAUGAGGAUCAAGAAGGAGAUUGGAUGAUGGUUGGAGAUGUUCCUUGGGAGAUGUUUUUGUCAAGUGUGAAGAGGCUGAAGAUCACAAGAGCUAACAGCUGCUAAUCUCUCAAGGCACAUGCUACUCAUCAAUUUUCACUGUUCAUAAAUUUUUGUCCUAAUUAUUAAUUAGUUUGGGGUGGGUGAAAUUAGUAGAAAUUCCACAAAAAUUUGGUUUCAAUGAUGAUUAUCAUAUAUGAUUGCUAUAUAAACCCAAAAACAUAGAUGUAUAGCUUCUCACCUAGUUGUCAAUUUAGUGAAUAGCUAGCUAGCUAGUACAGAGUAAAUUAAUUAAUCUCUCUGUUUAAUUUUAUGAUUGGGUCUACUAAGUUAAUUUCCAGCUAGUUUUUGGAACUAUAGCUUAAUUUUUACAAAUUUGAUUGGUAUAUUGAAUAGCAUCUUCCUUUGAUCAAUCUUACCAACAAUGCAUAUGAAUAUUCUUUUCUGUUGUCUAUCUUUUAUGAUUAUUUCAAGCUUAAGGUGUGGAACUAGCUCAAUUAUUUUUUG